AGUGCUGCAGCAGCUCCCAGUCCAGUGCUAGGAAACAUUCCCCCAGGAGAUGGCAUGCCAGUAGGUCCUGUUCCACCGGGGUUUUUUCAGCCUUUCAUGUCCCCUCGAUACCCUGGAGGUCCAAGGCCACCUUUAAGAAUACCCAAUCAGGCACUCGGAGGUGUCCCAGGAAGUCAGCCAUUAUUGCCUAGCGGGAUGGACCCAACACGGCAGCAAGGGCAUCCAAACAUGGGUGGGCCGAUGCAGAGAAUGACUCCUCCAAGAGGAAUGGUUCCAUUAGGACCACAGAACUAUGGAGGUGCAAUGAGACCCCCACUGAAUGCUUUAGGUGGCCCGGGGAUGCCUGGAAUGAACAUGGGCCCUGGGGGUGGUAGACCUUGGCCAAACCCAACCAGUGCCAAUUCUAUACCUUAUUCUUCUGCGUCUCCUGGGAACUAUGUAGGUCCUCCAGGAGGUGGAGGGCCACCAGGAACACCUAUCAUGCCUAGUCCUGCAGAUUCAACCAACUCUGGAGACAACAUGUACACUUUAAUGAAUGCAGUACCACCUGGACCCAACAGACCUAAUUUUCCAAUGGGGCCAGGGUCAGAUGGACCUAUGAGUGGACUGGGUGGAAUGGAUUCACAUCAUAUGAAUGGAUCAUUAGGCUCAGGAGACAUGGACAGUAUUUCCAAAAACUCUCCCAGUAAUAUGAGCAUGAGUAAUCAGCCUGGCACUCCCAGGGAUGACGGUGAGAUGGGUGGAAACUUCCUAAACCCUUUUCAGAGUGAGAGCUACUCCCCUAGCAUGACAAUGAGUGUGUGAUCCGUUAACAAGUCUCGCCACGAAGACCACAGUGAGUUUGCCCUCUUCAGAGAGCUACCGCAGAAGAAAAUUAUUCGUCCCAGUGUACAGUUUAACAAAAGGAUCUCAGACACAAUCAGACCCACCUUUCUUUUUUCUUUUUUUUUCCUACCAUCUCCCCCGUUUUGUCAAGACAGUGGGUCCCAAACAUGAUUGAGACAACUGUAAAGAGUGGCUUAACAGAACUGCCCAAGAUGGAACUGCAAACAAUUAUCUGUGUAUGUACAUGUGUGGGUUAACGUAUAUGUACGUGUGUGUGAUAUAGAAAUACACACAUACAUAUAUAAACCCGCAGGACAUUGUAAAAUAUUAUCACAUGACAUUUUAAGUAGAAAUGAGAAGUAGGGACUUCUAUUUCUUUUUUUUUUUUCUUUUCCCCCUCACGUUUACAUUUUAAUUAUUAAAAUUUGCUUUUCCUCUCCCCUCCUGAACUGUUUUAUGUUGCAUAUAUCACUGCUUUAUAAGUUAUUUUUUAAGGUGAACUCAAAUGAUAAAUUCUUCUGAUUUUGUAAAUGUCUGCCAUUAUGGAUAGGAAUAAAAUUGCUUAUAAGAGCUUUCAUUAAGUUGUGUUUGAUAACCAGUUACCCUGUGAAUCACAAACUGUACUGUCUCAAGAAAUAGAAGAAAGCUCAACUUAAUUUUUUUGGAGAAAUUUAAUAAUUUUCACCUAGUUUGGUGACGUUUUUUAAAUACUUUGCCUUUAAAAAAAGAAGCACUGAAGGUUAUUUUUCUUCUUUAAUUGAAGCCUAAUAUCUGCAAUAUCUAUUUUAAAUGGAAGCCUGAAUUUGAUACAAGCUUCUCAGUUUAUAUAGAGUACUAUAAGGUUACUGUAAGU